AUGCAUUACGACAAUGAUGAGAAGGGUCUUGAGAAUAAAAAAAUUAUGGAUUUGGACGCUUUCAAAAAGGAAGUAUGGAAAAUAUACAAUGAAAUGGCUGGAGACGCUAAGCUCAUUAUGGACCCGACGGUACAGCCUGAAAUGAGGAGACUCAUAUCAGCGUACCAAGCAUUUGUGGCAAUCCCACCCUCGCUGCCUGUAUACCCUUUGCUUCUAAGUGUCAGUUCGACGCGUCUGAGGCAGCUUGUACAGGAUCGGUAUGCAGUUGAGUAUGAGCUAUAUGUAGAACGUUCCUACAAUUGUCGAUGGGGGAACUUCGCUAUAGAUGCAGGUUUUUCUGUUUUUAAUUAUGACUCCAUAUUAUUGGAAGCGGAACCUGGAUUGGGCUCCUACCUAAGCAGUGAUGAUCAACGAUGCUACCUUCCUCGUGUGGAGUGUGCAGUAACUUCCAAAUGGCAUCCAGCUCAGCUCGCACUUUAUGUGCAACUGAGCGACACGGCUCUUGGAAUAAUCAUUAUGCGGCAGCUCCAAUGUUCUACCUAUAUUGUAACGAUGGUGAGCCAUGCACUUAAGCGUGUGGCGAAUGAGGUACAAACAAGCCUUUGCAUAUCCAAAAGCGCAGCCCCGCGUAUAGCGCAAAGCUUUUCUAUAUUACUCCAGGACAUACCUCAUGAGGAAAUGAUAUCGUUGGCGGUGAUAGCGAAGGAAAUAGCUACAAUACUAACUCAAAGUAAUCCAACCUUACGUGCUAUAAGUCACCGUCAGUUGGCUGCUACUAUCAACCCCACACUAAUGUGGAUGGUCGAACACGAGCCAGGAGAGCUUCCCAAAAAUGAUAAUGAGCCUACUACUACUAAAUCUACAGGGAAGCCGAUGACUGAGGUGCAGAUCCGUGCGCUUUUUAAGUGGUCGAUACCGUGGGUAAAGCCAAGAUGCGAAUGCACACAUGCUAUUUAA